UAAUUAAUAUAUUCUUCCUGAAGUCUCAUAGACUCUUAUUGUUUUACAUAAAUUAUAUAUUCAAAUGAAUCAAUCAAACAUAUUAAUCUUACAUUCCAGAAUUAGUCUCAAUAAUAAGAUACUGAUUUGCAAUUGCAUCUAUAUUUCAUGUAACAAUAAUUUCAAGGUUUUUCAUUUAUUUAAAUGUUGGCAAUUGAACAGGAAGAGCAUAAUCAUGUCUAGCUCCACAUAUUUCAUGACAAAAAUACUAUGGGAAGAAGAAAUAAUUCACUUAUUGACGAGAUUUUAAUAAUAUGAAAAAUUACUACAUGGGAGAAAGGAGCAAUUAAAACUUUUUAUCAUUUAGAAGAUCCAUUUUAGUACCAAACAUAUUGCAGAUUAAGAUUAAGGAUAACAGAUUCAGUGAAGCGAUAAGGGUUCUUCAUGGUAUUUCUGAAUCGAAUUCUACACGAGCUGGCUUAUCACUGCUCGCGUAUUGUUAUUUCUAUACACAAGAUUAUACGAAUGCAUCAAACUAUUAUGAGCAGCUCACAAAAAUGUACCCCUCAAAUAGUGAUUACAAAUUAUAUUACGCCCAAUCUUUAUACCAAGCAUGCCAAUAUGAGGAAGCAUAUCAAAUCCUGAACGAGAUAAAGGAUAUUGAAGGAUACAAAAACCAAGCGAAUAAAUUGCAAGCUGCUAUUAAAUAUGGCCAAGACGAUUUGUUGUCUGCCAAAGAGUUGGUUGAUUCUAGCUCCCCUGAAGAUCCUGAUAAAGAAGUGAAUUUAGGGUGCAUUUUGUACAAGGAUGGCAACUACGAAGAAGCUCUAUCAAAAUUUUCCGUUGCUAUGCAGAUCCAGGGAUUCAAACCAUACUUGGCCUACAAUAUUGCCCUUUGUUAUUACAGAUUAAAAGAUUAUGCUCUCUCCUUGAAAUACUGCGCGGAUAUAAUAGAGAAUGGUAUAAGAGAUCAUCCAGAAAUGAGCAUAGGGAUGCAAACGGAAGGCAUCGAAGUGAGAUCUGUUGGAAAUACGCUCACAUUACAUGAAACGGCUUUGACAGAAGCUUUCAACUUGAAGGCGGCUAUCGAGUAUCAAUCCAAAAAUAUUGAAGCAGCCAGGGAGGCUUUGACAGAUAUGCCACCAAGAGCUGAACACGAAUUGGAUGCAGUAACACUCCACAAUCAAGCUUUGAUGAAUUUUGAGACGAAUCCCACUGAAGGUUUCGAGAAGUUACAGUUUCUUCUUCAGCAAAAUCCAUUUCCUCCAGAGACAUUUGCCAAUCUUCUCCUGCUCUUCUGCCAGUACGAAUGCUAUGACUUGGCUGCGAACCUUUUAGCUGAAAAUACUCACCUGACUUACAAGUAUUUGACUCAGUAUCUUUAUGAUUUUCUGGACGCCGUCAUAACUCUUCAAACCUCCCCAAACGAAGCUUAUCAGAAAUUCGACGAAAUAGUGAGCAGACACGCCGAACUCCUGAGGAAAUACGCGAAGCAAACCCAAGAGCACAGAACUAACAAUGAGACGGCUCUGGUGAAGAAGACGGUGAUGGAGUACGAAGACUGCCUCGAAAAAUACAUUCCCGCGUUGAUGGCGCAGGCCAAAAUUUACUGGGAUCUGGAAAAUUAUCAGCAGUGCGAAAAAGUGUUCAGGAAGAGCGUGGAAUUUUGUAAUGACAACGAAACGUGGAGAUUGAAUGUUGCUCAUGUGCUCUUCAUGCAAGAGAAUAAGUUUAAGGAAGCCGCAGGAUUUUACGAGCCACUCGUGAAGAAGAGAUAUUCUGAAUUCCUAAAAGUAAACCCGAUUAUCUUGGCGAACCUAUGUGUCUCUUACAUUAUGACUAUUCAAAAUGAAGACGCUGAAGAGCUUAUGAGGAAGGUUGAGAAAGAAGAAGAUCAAUUAGCAUAUGAAGAGCCUGACAAGAAGUGUUUUCAUCACUGUAUCAUCAAUUUGGUGAUAGGAACACUCUAUUGUUCGAAAGGAAACUAUGAAUUCGGAAUUUCGAGAGUAAUGAAAUCUCUAGAACCUUAUAAUAAGAAACUUGGGACAGACACUUGGUUUUAUACCAAGAGGUGCUUUUUGAGUCUUCUUGAAAAUUUUGCUAAGCACAUGAUUGCUCUCAAGGACUCCACAAUUGAAGAAUGCAUUGCCUUUUUAGAGAACUGUGAAUUGCAUGGAAAAACUGUUAAGAGUGCAAUUUGUCCUAAACUCUAUGAUGAGAAUGAGAUUGGAAAACCAGAUGGUGAAGAAACAGUAACAUACGAAGCCAGAAAAUUGAAGUGUUUGCUACUUAAAUUGCAAAAUUAUUGAUAAACUCCAGAUAUGAGUGAAAAAAAAAAUCAGUUUCAGUGUUAAAUUUAUUCAUUUUGUUCUUAACUAACUAAUUGUUAUAUUGUUUUAAAAUAAACAUGUUCUUGAAAAUAUCACAUGAAAGUCAAAAAAUAUUUUUGUCAUGAUGUUGAACGAUAGCUGCUUAUUAAAUUAUUAGAAUUAA